AAGAAAAGAAAGAAAAAAGGCAUUAAACCAAACCGAAGAUAACCGCUACAAGAAUGAAAAUCUGCGUGUGUUUCCGCGAAGAGAGGUUUUGGAAGAAGAGCAGAGAAGAUUAGUGAAGUGAAGUGGUGCUGCGUGCGGAACUGAAAAUUCGAAGCUCCGAACGGAAACGAAAGCACUUUCCGCGUGUUCGCUCUGUUCCGAUGGCUUCCAGAUCCGGCGGCAAAAUUAUCCGAACGCGCCGAACCGCCGCCGCGAGGAGUCGCACGCCCUACGACCGACCUCCGCCGCCGCCGGAGCCUCCGAGCCCUAACUGGCUCUCGCGUUUCGUUGUCUCUCCGACGCGUUUCAUUGCUUCUGGCGCGGGGAAGCUCCUCUAUUCUGUUUUGGAUCUCGAUUCUUCACCUACUUCUUCUUCCUCCGUUACUUCUUCGCCUUCCUCUUCCGCUAACGGUUCCGAUGCUGAGGAAGGUGGUACUUUCGAUAUGGAUAAUGAUAAUCCUUUGGAAGGUGAUGUUGCGUUGAGCAAGGGGCUCCCGCCAUCUGAUGGGAAUAACAAAAACAAGCAUAUCAUCGAGCAGCUACUUAGGAAGGAGUCAUUCUCAAGGGAAGAAUGUGAUAGGUUGAUUAACAUAAUAAGAUCUAGAGUUGUAGAUCCUUCAAAUGAUGAUGAUGAUGGGGAUAAGAGACCUAUGUAUAUGCUCAACAGGACUCUUGGAAGUGAUACAGAUUCUCCUGAUCUCCAUAGUACUGCUAUUAUGGAGGCAAAGAAAUGGCUGCAGGAAAAGAAGUCAGAAUUAGAUACAAAUUCAGACAUAGGUUAUGGAAGUCCUAGUUUGAAUUUGGUAGCAUUACCACAGGCUCCCAAAGAUGAGGGCUCACCGGUGGAUGUGGCCAAGUCAUAUAUGCGCUCACGUCCUCCAUGGGCAUCACCCUCCAUAGACCAUACUAGACCUCGGACACCAUCUGGAAUUCAGCUCUUCAAAGAAGAAACACCAUAUCUAUUUGGCAACAAUUCUACGUCGUCCUCCAAGUUGAAAAGGGAUUCUUCUGCUACUGGUUCAUGGAGUAUUCAGGAUGAAAUACGAAGAGUAAGAUCCAGGGCAACAGAGGAUUUGCUUAGGACACUUCCCUCCUCAAAAAUUGAUUGGUCUGCAUUUGCUGUGGAGAAUAAAAAUAAUGUAAACUCUUCAGCUAUUGAAACUAUUGGAGAGAGAGUACAUAAUUCUACAAAUUUAGUAGAUGCAUCUGCGAACUUGGCCGGAGGAUUAGGUUCUCAGGUCUCUCCAGAUUUGGAGAGUAAGUUGGAUGGGUUCCAACCUGAAUCUGUGCUGUCAGAUCCAGUUAAUAUUAAUUUUGAACAGAAUCAGGGAUCUGAUGUUCAGCAGACCAAAGGUACACAAGAUGAUGACAACAGAGAAAGAACUACUUCAGGACUAAGAGAUGGGUCCUUGAAUGAUAUCCACAGGGAUGGCAGUCUGGUUAGAGUCAAUGGCACCAAUGACAGAAAUGGGUCAGGUCAUCAGCCUGACUCAGUUGAAGAAACUAGAGAAGCUAUAAAUUCUAGAUUACAAGAUAGUAACCACUUAGUAAUCAAAGAGAAGACUGGAGCGGAAGAUGCAUUGGCAAAUGGGUUCCCCGCUUCCGGCCCCAGUAUCUACGCAGGGCAGGUAAUUGAAGAGAACACAAAAACAUUGACCAAUACAAAUGAUUCAAGUCAGGAAAGGACAGGUGAGGGUGUUGUUGAGCAUGAGGCUUCUAAGACGUUGCGUGAAUCAACGGAGGUGCCGGAUGUUGUUGCAGACGAUUCUGUUGGUUUGAAACAAGAUGACGGUGUCCCCUCUGGCUCUCAGAACAGUUCCAGUGUGUAUGAGGUUCAACCAGAUAGUUCUCAGGCGGGUGCAGAGUCAGGCUUGCCAGCCACACCAACUAGCAUUGCUAAGCAAAAGGGAAAAAGAAUCACAACCCGAUACAACAGAAGGGGCAGGAACAAGGGUGGGGUCAAAUGAUGCCCGUUGUAUUUUGUAUGUUAAAUUGUAAGUUACUGUUAGCUUAGAAAGCAAAGUAGUAGGGGUUCUGCAGGCCAUUUGUUGUGAGAUUAAUAAUAUUCACGUCAACUUAGACAGGUUUAUUUUUCUUUCAUCUGGGCUUUCUUGGGGUGAUUACGUUCGGGAAAAUUAGGCUCAGGAAUUUGAAUGUAUUUUAUGUAUAAAUGAUUAAAUUAGCGACAUGAUUUGUUUUUUCUUUUUCUGUCUUGGUCAACUAGUUUACAUGGAUUUAUGGGACAUGUACGAACUCGCGCAGCCUGAAUGGUAACACUGGUUCUUACACUCAGGCAGCCUCAAUGAAUCUCCUUCAGUGAAUCAUAAUGUUUUGCGA